GCCAGCCCUGCGGACGUGCGCUCGUUGCCUUCGCGGCGUUCGGGCCCUGAGAUGCGCGCCUACCCUGGCCGUGCCAGCUCCAGACAUCUGUGGAGUUUAAGAACAUGGAAUUCAUCAGCGUAUAUCACUGAAGAAUAUGAUGGCUGAAAAUUUAAAAAUGCUAAAGAUUCAACAGUGUGUAGUAGCCAACAAACUACCUAGAAACAGGCCAUAUAUUUGCAAUAUUUGCUUCAAGCACUUUGAAACACCAUCAAAAUUAGCUAGGCAUUAUCUCAUUCAUACUGGUCAAAAGCCAUUUGAAUGCGAUGUGUGUCAUAAAACUUUUAGGCAACUGGUUCAUCUGGAGAGACAUCAACUAACUCAUAAUCUACCUUUUAAAUGUAGCAUUUGUCAACGCCACUUUAAAAAUCUGAAGACGUUUGUGAAGCACCAGCAACUUCACAAUGAAACCUACCAGAAUGAUGUUAAACAGGUCAGAAGAUUGUUGGAGGCCAAGCAAGAAAAGCCGGUAUAUGGGAUGUAUCAUACUCAUACCACAGAGGAAAGAUGGGCAUUGCAUCCGUGCUCUAAAUCUGAUCCCACAUACAGCCCUACAAAGAAAAGAAAGAAUAUUCAUGCAUGUACGAUCUGUGGCAAGAUGUUUCCAUCGCAAUCAAAACUUGAUAGGCAUGCACUUAUUCAUACUGGUCAGAGGCCUUUUCAGUGUGUCCUGUGCAGUAAGUCUUUCCGACAGUCUACUCACUUAAAAAUUCAUCAACUCACACAUUCGGAAGAAAGACCUUUUCAAUGUUGUUUUUGUCAAAAAGGAUUUAAGAUUCAAAGCAAACUUCUGAAGCAUAAACAAAUCCAUACCAGGAAUAAGACCUUUCAGACUCUUUCAUUAAAGGUGAAGAGUCCAGAAUCAUGCCCUCUACCUAAUAAAUUAAACGCAAAGCAGGAUGGUUUUGAAAAUGGUGAUUUAGGUGAGUCUGAGGAGACUAAUCCACUUGAUGUCCACUCUAUUUAUAUCGUCCCUUUUCAGUGUCCAGAGUGUGAAGAGUGUUUUGAAUCAGAGCAGAUUCUCAAUGGACAUAAGUGUUUCCCUGCCAGAGGUGGCAAAAUGCCAAGCAGGCUCAAAAGAAGCUACAACUAUAAAACCGUUGUUAAAAAAAUCUUAGCUAAACUUAAACGUGCUGGGGGUAAGAAAUUAGAUAAUCUUCGAUCUGAGAAAAAAGUAUUUAAAAACAAUUUCUUGAAAAAUUGUGAUCUUCUUUCUGGUGAGCAGAGCCCUGAACAAACCCAGAGAACAUUUAUGGGUCCUCUUGGCAUACAUGGAACAUACAAGGCAGUUGGCAAUAAAAAGAAGAAAACUUUGGCUUUGCCAUUUUCUUGGCAAAAACACUUCCAGAACCAAAAUGUGGGUAAAAACUUGAAAGGUAUCCUUACGACAGAAAACAUGUUACCAAUAGAUAAUUCAGUGAAUAAUAAAGACGUAUCUAUCUACGGUUCAUCAGGUGAGGAAUUCUUUGAUAACUGUGAAGUGCUGAAGUGUGGUUUUUCAGUUCCAAGCGAAAACCUACAUACUGGACAUAAGAUGUGUCCUUGUGACAAAUGUGAGAAAGUGUUUCCUUCUAUAUCCAAACUGCAAAGACACUAUUUAAUUCAUACUGGACAGAGGCCUUUUGGCUGUAACGUUUGUGGGAAAUCCUUCAGACAGUCAGCUCACUUAAAAAGACACAAAUUAACUCAUAUUGAGAAGAUUCCUUAUAGACGAUCUCUUUGCCAAGUAGAAUUUGAAAAUUUGAACCAACUUCUCAUUCACCCAGGUGAUAAUGUUAACUAUAAUGCUUCCCAACAAUGUCAGAUGCUUGGUUUCCAAAAAUAUGAGGCCUCAGAGUCGGAUCAAAUAUCAGAAAUAAAAGUUAAGGCAGAAUCAGAGGAUUUCAUUGUUAGUCCCCCCUAUCGGAACAGGCAGCCCUAUCUUGCUAGUGUACUUCUGCAAUCAGAGCCGAGCCUUCACAGUCACUGUUGCGGUUAUUCAGGGCCCACGGAGAGGAAUGACGGCCUUCUCUACCAAUGCAGCGUUUGCUCCAAGAGUUUUAGAUCUCCAUCUAAACUGGAAAGACACUAUCUAAUUCACGCAGGGCAGAAGCCAUUUGAAUGCUCAGUUUGUGGCAAAACAUUCAGACAGGCUCCUCACUGGAAGAGACAUCAACUUACUCACUUUAAGGAAUGACUAAUCCCAAGAGAAAGUGGUUCUCACAUUCAGUUAUGGAACUGAUAGAACCAGUAACACAUUUGUGGUUUCUGAUAAUCUUGUUCUUGAAGCCUGUAUCAUUUAAAAUGUAUUUUUAUCAAAAGGCCUUCACUAGGUCGGGUGAUUUCAUAGGCAGUUGCUUGUCCUGCAGAGUAGGAAGCAAGAUGCAGUACAGAAAAUUAAUAGAAUGUUUUAGGAAGAGCCAAAUUAAUUUUUAGGGGGAAUAGCAUGGUUUGAUGCCACACAGUAAGCAUUUAUUUUAUUUUAAUGUAUACUUUGGCUGUAUUGAAAAUAUAAAUCCAUGAUAUGGUACAAUAACUCAGUUCAUUAAUUUUUUAAAGGACUUACUCCUUAAGGCAUGCCAUCUCCUAUUAGAUAUACUCAGAAGACUGAGAGGUAAAAAUUGGUUUUUGGCUGCAGCCAAUAGCCCCACUACAUUUUUUUUUUUUAUAUUUCCCAUAAAAGCAUAAUUUUGUCCACCUAUGGCUCAAAUUCCAUUAGAAAUUUUUUUUCCUGUAAGUAAAAAAUAUAAAAGUGAAAAUGGAUGAGAAAGUCAUAGUAUUAUUUUCAUUGGCCUUUUGCAAGCUAUUCAUUCUUGGGAUUCUGGUAGCUUCACCUUCUUUUCCGCAGGUAAUGAGAAUUGUGGGGGUUUUUUUUUGUUUGUUUUUUGUUUUUUUUGCCCAGCUUGCUGUUUUUCCCAAAUUUAAAAGUAGGAGAGGUUAGGAUGCUCCUGUAUACAUUUACCAUGUUUACUUAUCAGGAAUAUUUUCCAAGUGCCAUCAUCUUUUUGAUGAUCUGUAUGCAGUGUUAUCUUUCCAGAGGAAUAAAUGCAAUUCAUCUAUUUACUUAAUGAUUGACAGCAGUAACUGUAGACUUAAGACUCCCCUCUAGAUCUGCAUCUCCACAAGAUUUUGAUUUACUUUAGUAAAAUUUGUUUUAAUGUCUCAUGAAUUGAAUGGUCAUGUGACUUAACUAAAUCUGUUUGAUCACAUGGCAAUGCUCAGUCUAGUUCUAGUGUUGUUUUUAAUGUUUAUUUAUUUUUGAGAGAGAGAGUGAGGCAAAGUAUGAGUGGG